GAAAGAAAGAAAUAGAUCUGUAUCAUCUUGAGAAUUAAAAAAAAAAUAAUUAUUGUUUUAUAGGAGUUGGAUGUAUUCUGGUAUGGCGAUACGAAUGGCAAUGGAAUUGGGACUAAAUAAGGAACCUGAAUUGGACAAAACUGUGGAACAAAAUCAACCUGCGGAAAGAUGGAUGGAACAAGAAAUACGGCGUCGUGUCUUUUGGGUAAUCUUCACUGUAGACAAGCUGAGUAGCGCAUCCACUGGGCGACCAUCAGUGAUUCAAUUGGAAGACUGUGAUGUAUUACUUCCAAGUGACGAAUAUGGAUGGGUACGUGGACAAUUCUAUACGGAAACAAUGGAUGGUAGUCGUGUAGUGCAAUUCAAUGUAGGUGAACUUCGUGACAGCAGUUUAUUAGGUAUCUCUAGCUUGGUCAGUCCAGCGCGUCUUACAUCAUCAGUAUCGAAAUCAUCAGGUGUUCUUUCCUGUCAUUCAUACCUUCUUCGUGCCGUUGCUUUACUUGGACGUAUCGCCACCUUUGUCAAUCGUACAACACGUGAACGCACUUUACCGCCAUGCAAUCCCGAUUCUGAAUUCGCCAAAUUGGAUCGAAGUAUUGAUGAAUGGUAUGAACAACUUCCUCCCGCCAUGAAAUAUACACAAGAAAAUAUGGAACGACAUCGAUUAUCACCUAAUGUUGACAGUAGUCGAUUUGUUUUAGCUCACAUCAUGCAUAACACAUUGACCGUUCUUUUGCAUCGGCCUUCUUUGGUUCUUUUUGAUACGUUAGUAUCUGAAGUGGUUCAACCUUCUCUCAAAGAAUUCUGCAAGGCUAGCGUGGAAAAAUGUCUACAUGCUGUGGACACCGUGACUACAAUGCUCAAAGCUAUCAAUAAUUGUGUGGAUCUCAUGCCUCCAUUUCUGACCUAUCUCUCCUAUACUGUAGCCACCAUUGUUGUCAAUUCUACAUUUUCUUCCAAUCCAGAUGAAGCAAAGAAAGCAAGAGCAGAUCUCAAUGAACAUUUCCUUCUAUUACAGUCAAUGCGGAAAUAUUGGGCAAUGGCUGAUAAAUUAUAUUUCAUGAUCCGUGAUCUGUAUGCCAUGCAUAGCAAUACCAUUCGACAACAUUCUCGAUCAAGUAGUUCAUCCAAUAGCGGCAACAGUAGUAUUACAGAAGCAACUUCACCGUAUUCUAAUGCAACUCCAUCCAUGCCUUCUCCUACACCAUGGAAUAGCAAUAACAGUAAUAACAAUGGAUCAUCCUUAAUAUCACCAAAUUCACAACCACCACCGUCUAUGCAACAACAACAACAACAACAGCAACAGCAACAGCAACAGCAACAGCAACAGCAACAGCAACAGCAACAGCAACAGCAACAGCAACAACUUUCGCCUACUGUAUGUCAAGUGAAUUCAAGUAACAACACCUUAGCAGGUCGCAAUAUGGACUAUCUUCCCAACAAUCAAUAUUUUCCCAACAACAACAAUCAAGAUAGCAAUAACCUGUUGAACCCAACUUUACGGAAAAUGUCACUAGCGGAAUUGGCGUUAUCAACAUGUGAUGGGGCUUCUUGUACUGAUUGGACGGUGGGCGACAAUAGAGAAAAUGUGGCAGCAGCACUUCAAUCCUUGAUGGGACGUACAGGUGGAGUCUCAGUGACACAACCUAUGUUUGAUCUUAACUCAACAGUACCUUCCAAUCCUUCUGUUGACGCCCUUGCUUGGAAUCUUGGUUACUCUACGCCUGAUCAAUACAAUGCGCCAUCUGCUCAAUGAAAAACAGACAGCUACAACAAGUCAUUUCUUUUUGGAAUCUAUUAGCAACAAUACCUCUCUUUUUUUUAUCUCAUAUUACAACGGCUGUGCCCUUUUAUGUAUCAUAUCAUGGUUA